CUCCUCCUCCUGUCGUGCGUCUGCGUCUCCGCCGCUGCCGCUUGCGCGCUCGCGGUCGCAGUGCGCGGUGAAACUCCACGGAGCAGGAGCGACGCGCCUCACGGCCACGGGAACUUGCGGAGCAUAGAUUAGUCGACGGCGAGCCCCACGCCCGCGGCGCCGGAGCCCGAAAUAUGACGCUACAGAAAAUGGGAGGAAAGUGUGUGUCCGCCCGCUGAAGUUGGAGCUGAUCUCCCCCUGUGGAAAAGAGAGAGGAAGAAACAACCACGAGGAAAAAAAAAGAAAAAGAAAAGGAGUGAGCUCAGCCUUCCAGCGUACCUCCUCCCUCUCAUCAGGCUAAGAUGAGUAUUACCAGUGACGAGGUGAAUUUCCUGGUUUACAGAUACCUCCAAGAAUCAGGUUUCUCCCACUCAGCAUUCACCUUCGGGAUCGAGAGCCACAUCAGCCAGUCCAACAUCAACGGGACGCUAGUGCCCCCUGCAGCCCUCAUCUCCAUCCUGCAGAAGGGGCUCCAGUAUGUGGAGGCCGAGAUCAGCAUUAACGAGGACGGCACCGUCUUCGACGGCCGACCCAUCGAGUCGCUGUCGCUCAUCGACGCCGUGAUGCCGGACGUGGUGCAGACGCGGCAGCAGGCGUUCCGCGACCGGCUGGCCCAGCAGCAGGCCACCUGCACCAUGGCGGCCUCCACCUCGGGCCACCAACCAAACGCACCAAAGAACGGCGAGGCCACGGUCAACGGCGAGGAGAACGGCACCCACAACAUGAAUAACCACAGCGAGGCCAUGGAGGUGGACGUGGACGUGGAGAUUCCGGCCAGCAAAGCCACGGUGCUCCGAGGGCACGAGUCCGAGGUGUUCAUCUGUGCCUGGAACCCGGUCAGCGACCUGCUGGCCUCGGGCUCGGGUGACUCGACCGCCCGGAUCUGGAACCUCAACGAGAACAGCAACUCCAACUCCACGCAGCUGGUGCUGCGACACUGCAUCCGCGAGGGCGGCCAGGACGUCCCCAGCAACAAGGACGUCACCUCGCUAGACUGGAAUAGCGACGGGACCCUCCUGGCGACGGGCUCGUACGAUGGAUUCGCCAGGAUAUGGACGAAGGACGGGAACCUGGCGAGCACCUUGGGGCAGCACAAAGGACCCAUAUUUGCACUCAAGUGGAACAAGAAGGGCAACAGCAUCCUCAGCGCCGGCGUAGAUAAGACGACAAUCAUUUGGGACGCACACACGGGCGAAGCCAAGCAGCAGUUUCCGUUCCACUCAGCUCCGGCGCUGGACGUGGACUGGCAGAACAACACCACCUUCGCCUCCUGCAGCACCGACAUGUGCAUCCACGUGUGUCGCCUGGGCAGCGACCGGCCGCUGAAGACCUUCCAGGGCCACACGAACGAAGUCAACGCCAUCAAGUGGGACCCGUCGGGUAUGCUGCUGGCCUCCUGCUCGGACGACAUGACCCUGAAGAUCUGGAGCAUGAAGCAGGACUCGUGCGUCCACGACCUCCAGGCUCACAGUAAAGAGAUCUACACUAUCAAGUGGAGCCCCACGGGGCCGAGCACCAGCAACCCCAACGCCAACAUCAUGCUCGCCAGCGCAUCCUUCGACUCGACGGUGCGGCUGUGGGACGUGGAGCGAGGCGUCUGCAUUCACACGCUGACCAAGCACCAGGAGCCCGUCUACAGCGUGGCCUUCAGCCCCGACGGCAAGCACCUCGCCAGCGGCUCCUUCGACAAGUGCGUCCACAUCUGGAACACCACGAGCGGCGCGUUGGUGCACAGCUACAGGGGAACCGGCGGCAUCUUCGAGGUGUGCUGGAACAGCACCGGGGACAAAGUCGGCGCCAGCGCAUCGGAUGGCUCGGUUUGUGUCCUCGACCUCCGGAAAUAGCGUCGCUGGAACCGAGGAUGAAUCCUGGAAAUGUGCAGGAGUCGCCUUCGUCUGACAUCCGCGAACGCACAACCCUCGCUCAAGGACGGCCGCAAAAGGUGCACUGAGGAAAUGGAAAACUACAAAACUUAAAAAAAAAACAAACUCUGAGAAAGACUCUCCCGGAAGUGAACCCAGACGACGACGACGACGGCAGCGGCACGAGCACCACCACGAGACUCGGUGCACGUUAAGGGGUUUUGCCGAAGCGACGAGCCCGAGAAAUCCCCAGGACUGCAUCCACGUGAUGAGGAGGUUUCCGGCCCCCCGCCGCGGGCCUCGCGUCCAGCUGCCGGGCUGCCGGGCUGCCGGGCUGCGAGGGCGGAAACGCAGGGAUGAGUUUUACAGAGGGAGGAGUGAUAAUGGGAGGCAGGUGUCGGGGCGGGUUUACGAUUCCUCCGAGGAAACGUUACGUCCGAGUGAGUCAACGGAGAUUGGAAGCGACCGGCACUCGGCCCGGAACGCCCCGAUCAUGUUUUCCGACGAGUUUCCCACAGAUGGACGUUUGAAUGUGCCGUUGCGAGUAGUUCUGUUUUUUUUUUUUUUCUUUGGGGGGGGCGGGAGUUAUUUUUUGUUGUUUUUUUUUGUUGCUUUAACUUCAGGUCAGCGAGAGGAAACAGCGCCCUGAACCCCGGAAAACGACCUGCUCAGCUCAUUUGAGAUUAGAAAAACUGUCAUUUUGUGGAAAAAAAAAGAAAAAAAAGAAAAGAAAAGAUGUGAAAAGUGGUUUACAAAGAGAAUUUUCUCCCACGUUGGAUGUAAAUUUCACGAAUGUAAAACUAUGUAAAUUAGAUUAAUACACAGACUUAUAUACUGUGUAUAUAUAAAUGUUUAUAUACAGUUCACUUUAUUGCCAUCUGCAGCGGCUCCUUACUACCUGGAGCCGCCACAUCUUCGCUGUCGUCUGGAGGUUUUUAACAGAAGUGCAUGUCUCAUCGGCUUCUUUUAAUACAAUCUUUAUAAACCCUGCCGGCUACAUCUGAUGUAUCAAUUCCUUUUUUUUUUGUAUUUCCUCACCAGUGAGCUACAGGUGGCAACAAUACGCGCGUCGACCAGCCUCACAGGAAAUAGGCUCUGUUAGCUCUGUUUGGGGUGUUUAGGGCGUUUAAAGAGUCCGCGGAGCCGCCGGGCCACCGGACCCGGAGGAGGAGCGUCACCGCAGCUUGAUUUAUGUCACUGUGUUCUCUCGCCAGCAUCUCGCUCCGAUCAGGCUGCUGAGUUUGUUUUUCUUGAAUGCUGAAAGUCCUGCUGUCACUCAGAAACGGAGGGAUUGAAGAGCUGGACCCGGGCUUCAGCGGUUCAUCAGAGGCCCGUACUACGAAGCAGGAUCCGGUGUUUCGACUCUAGAAGCCGGUUCGUCCUUUUUUUUUUUUUUAGUGAAGCUGUGUUGCCAUGGCAACCUGCGCUGGAAGCCUCGAGCUUCUCUGGACCGGGUUUCUGGGGAAGUUUGAGCCAGAAAGCAUCAAUGCGUGUCAUUUGCACGCCGUCUCGGCCCCCGACGUUGGAUAAAAAGAUGAGAAAUGAAAGACCCGGGUGUGUGGACGUGGUUUUUGUGUCUCAGAAUCUAAACUUUUCAUCUACUUCAGGAGAAAGAUGUCAGCCGAAGUAAAAACUUUCAGUUUCUACCUUUUUAAACUUCUUAUUAGAUUUAAAACACUUUUUUAAAAUAAAAUCUGUUACUGAACUAUGAGAAUUAAUUAUCUAAUAUGUCCACAUCCAUUUAAAAAAAUCCAUGAGCAGCUAAACCCCCUUUUUUUAUGAAUUAAACAUUUUAGCGCCUUAAUGACCAAGAUGCAUUUGGAUGUUUACAAUAAACCAACCGACUGGCCUGAAUGGUUAUUUAUGUUCCUUUAUUUUGUGUUUAACAAAGACAGAAUAGGGCUGAAACUUUCUCAAGUACUAAUUUUAAUAGAAAUACACAUUUGUAACCUCCGGAUGUGCAGCUCGUUGAGUAAUAUCGCAGCAGUCGUCGUCAGACGUUCACUCAGCUUCUGCAGACGUUAAAUCUCUUACUAUAGUUCCUUUUUUAUCAGAAAUGUGCAGUUUCACAUCCGUGUUUGAGACGUCGUCCAGUAUUUCUACACAAACGCUGCACGUGUCCAGAAUUGGGUGGGUGGGGGUCGGAUGAUCGAGAGACACCCUGAUAGGUCGAACCUGCUUCGUAGUACCGGGUCAUGGAUCAGUCGGCGGGACGGUUCCCCGUUUCUGCUUCAUGGGAUCUAAAGGAAGCAGAACCCCCCCAAACCUUCACCUUUCUCUCCGGGUCCCGUUCACCCUCCGGUUUCUGCCACGACGACAUGAAGAAGUGCACUUUCUGUAUCGGUUCUGCAAAAUGUUCAGGUUCUGUUGUGAGCGAAGGUCCAGUUUUUUUUUUUUUUUUUUUUUUGUCGUUUCUCUCUAAUGACCUGGAUGAUUUGGACUUUAAUGGGUCUUGCGUUCCUUCCCCACGUUUUCGUUCCUCCCCUUUUUUUCUUUUGUUUUGUUAUUUUCUCCGAGAGCCAUUAUUGUCUGUGUCAGACUGAGAAUUGGGCUGUGGGUCGGUGGUCGUGAUCGGCAUCUUAAGGAACCCAAUAGGGGGACGGCCCUGGUCCAGGGUGCCAUCGCCCGUUUCCAAGACAACACUUUGAAGUCAUUCAGUGUCUCAAAUAAAUUACUCUAUUUUGAUAUCAGAAAA